AUGGGCAGAGUCUGCGCAUCUUGCUCACGAGAGCUCCCUCGAACGUCGUACACAGGCAAUCAGUGGUCUAAGCCAGUCGGAGUCUCGCGCUGUGCGGCUUGCGUACAUGGCCAUCAGAUCGACAUCCCCGUCGCCCCUUCUAACAGCGCCGGCCGGCACAACAACGCUUCUCGGGCCGUGUUUGAGGACGACGCUCUCGAGUACCCGUUUGCCGAAGGCGCAUUUCGUUGGGUGGCCAAGGGAACGUAUACCCACGGUGAGCGUGAAGGUCAGGCUUGUGUUUGCAAGUGGUUCAAGUCAGGCUCGGUCUUCUCCAAGGACUACUUCACACUCGACAUCAAGGCCGCGGCCAAGGCACUGGAGAUCGUCGACCUAUUCAACAAUAUGGGCAUCGUAACCAAGACUGUGAAGAUCAAUGUUCCUGCGGUCUGGACAGGAUUGGAAGGCAGCAAAUUGAAAGGUGUAAAGAUGAUCGUUGAGCCAUUCAUCCAGAACUACGAGAAGUUCAACAGCAACACUGGUUGGGUCGACGAAUCUACGACAUGGGGCAUGGUCAUGCAAGCCUUGAGCCACUUCAGCUACCACGUCACCCGCGGCAACUUUGUCCUCUGUGACCUCCAGGGCGGUAUCUACCAGAAGGAAGUCGUUCUCUCAGAUCCUGUCAUUCUUUCCCAAACCGAAGAGUUCGGCGUCACAGACUUGGGCCCGAAAGGCAUCAGAUCGUUCUUCAGUCAGCACGAGUGUAACCCUUACUGCCGAGACCACUCGCACAAGCCAGCGAACCCGCGACAAUUCUACGAGCCUCAGGAAGGAUCCCUGAUGCGGAUGCGGCGCACAGUUCCUACCUCUCUGGCUCGGCCUGCUGCAUCGUCCCGCCUCAGAGAGAUCUCUGAGUACUGA